GUGUGGUUCAGUUCUGGGCUUACUUUGAUAAUUGUCUUUUACAGGAAAUCCAAAACGAUCGAGUACGUCUUGUCAAGAUUUUGGGGACCCUGUCUUCAAGGCUAGAAGCAAGUCUGCACUGCACCCAUGUGCCCAUGCGUGAAGAGUUAGGUUGGAGCGGGCACAGAGGGCACCGCCCCAUGCCCCAAGCCAAUGUGCUCCUAUGAGCUACAAGGCCUGCCUUCCAGUGCUGGUGGUGACCGGCCGUGUUCACAGAAAUACCCUGAAAGACAGAGCGGCGAUGAAAAGGUGAAGAAAUCAGUGUCUGGGGCACAAGAAGGAAUCUGGACGGGUUUUUAUGAGCUGAGAUACUCCCACAAUGAGGGGGCCGGGCUAGGGAUGGUUGGCCAUGGAGAAGCUGCGGGAAGCUUGUCCCCCAGGGGAUGGGGGGUUUAUUUCCAAUAAAGGAGACUUCAAACCAGAGGAGGACGAUGACAACCAAAACCCCGGUGGUGGCAUGGGAAGAACAGACUUUAAAAGUGAGCCGGAGGGCCCGAGGCAGGCCGACCGUGGGGAGCUGGCCGGGAUGCAGGUGGACUGUGCCUGCCGGCCGCCUCCCGAGAGCGAGGAUGACUGCGGUGCCCUCUUCUCCCAGUACAGCAGCACGCUCUACAGCGUGGCCAUGGAGGCCGUGGCCCAGAGCCUCCUCUCCAGCCGGCACGCCAGCUCCAGGAAGAAGUCUCCCGCUUGGAAGCAUUUCUUCAUCUCUCCUCGAGACAGUACCAAGGCGAUAUGCACAUACUGCAUGAAGGAGUUCAGCCGGGGCAAGAACGAGAAAGACCUGAGCACCAGCUGCCUCAUGAGGCACGUGAGGCGGGCCCACCCCACCAAGCUCCUGCAGGAGGACGGAAGCCUGUCGUCGGGGGCCGCCUGCCCCUCCCCCUCGGCCCUGCUCCCAGCCCCGCCCACCGACGGUGGGGACCUUGGCACCACGCUGUCGCCCAACAGACUCGUCCAGAAGAUGGCCCCUAAGAUCCCAUCCCCUGACCGAGUGACGGAGGAGUCCGUGUCUGUGGUCUCCUCUGAGGAGGCUUCCUCCGAUGUGUCCGUCGCUGAGAAGUAUGGCCGAGAUGAGGCCCUGGCCGGGGCCCUCCCCCACCUCCCCCCACUCCAUGGCGAUGAAGCUGCAGAGAACAUGGCCGAGAGGAGCUUGGCCCUUCCAAAGGGCUCGUCAGGGUCUAGGCGGCGGUCAGCCGUCUGGAAGCACUUCUACCUGUCCCCCCUGGACAGCUCCAAAGCGGUGUGCGUGCACUGCAUGAAUGAGUUCAGCCGCGGGAAGAACGGCAAGGACCUGGGCACCAGCUGCCUCAUCAGGCACAUGUGGAGGGCCCACCGCUCCAUCGCGCUGCAGGAGAACGGGGGUGGCGCCAGCAUCCCGCCCCUGUACCCCGCGCCCCCCACCCUCCUGCCCACCCUGCUGCCUCCCGAGGCGGAUCCAAGCUCAGGGGUGCCGUCGCUGGGGAAGCUGGUGAGAGGGUGCCCUUCUGCUGCCUCCUCCCCAGACAGGCUGGGCGAGGACCCCGGGGACGUGUCUGUGUUGUCCUCUGACGAGCUCGCCGAGGCCUCCCUGCUGUCCUCUCUGGAGAAGCGGCCGGCGGGCCCUGUGAGUCCCCGGCAGGGGCCGGGGGGGAUCUUCCAGCAGAACAAGAAGGUCAUGAGGAGGCUCAAGUCGGAGGUGUGGCACCACUUCUCGCUGGCCCCUAUGGACAGUCUGAAGGCCGUGUGCCGGUACUGCGGCUGCGUCAUCAGCCGGGGGAAGAAAGGGGACGUGGGCACCAGCUGUCUGAUGCGGCACCUGUACCGACGCCACCCAGAGGUGGUAGGGGGCCAGAAGGACCUCCUGGGUGCGAGCUUGGCAAACCCUCCGUAUGCCACGUUGGCUUCUGCAGAAAGAGCCUCCAAACGGAUAGACUUGCCGACAGCGGCCAGAAGAAAUCGCCCAGUCCUCUUCCCCGUAAGCAGCAAGAAGACCUCCAAGCUGUGGAACCACUUUUCGGUUUGCUCCGCAGACUCCACCAAGGUGGUGUGUCUGCACUGCGGCCGGACCAUUAGCAGGGGCAAAAAGCCCACCAACUUGGGCACCAGCUGCCUCCUGCGCCACCUACAGCGGUUCCACAGCCACGUGCUCAAGGCCGACGCCCCCGAGGCCGCGGGGCCCCGUCCCCCUGGCGUCCGCGCGCCCCUGAGCAUGGAGCUCUCGGGGCCCUCCCUCAGCAACCCUGCUGAGAAGUUUUAUGACUCUCAUCCAGUUGCCAAAAAAAUCACAAGUCUCAUAGCGGAAAUGAUUGCACUUGACCUCCAGCCAUACUCUUUCGUGGACAACGUGGGCUUUAACCGGCUGCUCGAGUACUUGGAACCCCAGUACACAUUACCCUCCCCGUCCUACUUCUCCAGGACAGCCAUCCCGGGCAUGUACGACAGUGUGAAGCGGAUCAUCAUGUCCCAUCUGAAGGAGGCCGAGAGCGGAGUGGUCCACUUCACCUCGGGAAUUUGGAUGAGUAGCCAGACCCGCGAGUACCUGACCCUGACCGCGCACUGGGUCACCUUCGCGCCCUCCGCCCGCUCACACUGUGAGGACCACCACUGCUCCGCUCUGCUGGACGUGUCACAGAUCGACUGCGACUACAGCGGCAGCGGCAUCCGCAGGCAGCUGCAGUGCUGGUGGGAAGCCUGGGUGACCUCCAUCGGCCUCCGGGUUGGCAUCACCGUCACUGAUAACCCCAGCAUCGGCAAGACGCUGAGUGAGGGCGAGCACUCCAGUGUGCAGUGCUUCAGCCAUACGGUGAACCUGAUCGUGAGCGAGGCCAUCAAGAGCCAGAGGAUGGUGCAGAACUUACUGAGCACUGCGCGGAAGCUCUGCGAGCGCGUGCACCGCUCACCCAGGGCGCGCGAGAAGCUGGCGGAGCUGCAGAAGGAAUACGAGCUGCCACCGCACCCGCUGAUCCAGGACGUGCCCUCCCGGUGGAGCACCUCCUUCCACAUGCUCGAGCGGCUCAUCGAGCAGAAGAGGGCCGUCAACGAGAUGUCGGUUGAGUGCAACUUCAGAGAGCUCAUCAGCUGCGACCAGUGGGAGGUGAUGCAGUCCGUGUGCCACGCGCUGCGGCCCUUCGACACGGCAAGCCGGGAGAUGAGCGCCCACGUGUCCACACUGAGCCAGGUCAUCCCCAUGAUCCACAUCCUCAGCAGGAAGGUGGAGAUGCUGUUUGGGGAGACCAUGGGCAUUGACACCAUGCUGAAGUCGCUGAAGGAAGCCAUGGCAAGCCGCCUGUCCGCCACCCUCCACGACCCCAGGUACGUCUUCGCCACCCUGCUGGACCCUCGCUACAAAGCCUCCCUCUUCACAGAGGAGGAAGCGGAGCAGUACAGGCAAGACUUAAUCAGGGAGCUAGAAGUACUGAAUUCUACCUCAGAGGACACGGCUACUUCCAAUGGCUGUGACUCAGGGUCCCCAUCGAAAGACUGCGGCGGGGAGGAGAGUCUGUGGUCACUGGUGGCCAAAGUGAAGAGAAGAGACGGGAGGGAGAAGCUUCCUGAAGACAUGGUGCUGGCGUACUUGGAGGAGGAGGUACUGGACCACAGCUGUGACCCACUUACCUACUGGGGCCUGAAGCGCGCCUCCUGGCCUGGGCUGUCCACCUUGGCGGUCAGGUUUCUGGGCUGUCCCCCAAGUACCGUCCCUUCGGAGAAGCUGUUCAGCACGCCCACGGAGGCUGGUGGCUGCGGCCAGCCCAGGCUCUUGACAGAGCAUUUUGAAAAACUCAUCUUCUUGAAAGUGAAUCUCCCCCUGAUAUACUUCCAGUAUUGAACUCGCCAUGGCACCUGCAGA